UUCAAUUGAAUGCACUACAAAGACAAGAUAUUUGAUGUUCAAACUCAUAAACUUUAUUUUUACUUUGCAAAUAAUAAUUAACUUAGAAUUUGUUAUGCCCCACAAUGUUAUUGUCUAAGACACCUAGUGGUGGAAAUCAGUUUUGCAGUUUGUGUUUUAAUUUGACCCUCCUGUCUUGCCGUAGCCAGCUUAGUGUUGGUGUGUUUCAGAGAGCAGUAGAGAACAGUUGAGAGCAGAUGUCAAACAAACAGGAUGUACUGCAAGCUUUAAACUUUCUUUUCGACUUUGAAGACUUUGAAGGUCUAAACCUUUUUACAAAAUAUACGAUUAAUCCUUCACUAAAAAGACCUAAACUACACUACAGACGCUUGGGACUCUUUUUUCAUCAAGGAUUAUAUCAUGUUAGCUAUCUGCUAAGCUAACCAGCAAAAGCAAGAGCAGAAUAGUAAAAAGGUUUAACAUUCAGUCUGCUUACAAAGGAAAGUGAGCCAUUACAACUGCAGGCCAGAAAGACAUUCAACAACAUAUCAUGGAUGAUCAAAACCUUAAAGCUGAAGAUCGAGGUGCACCUUCUGAACGCUCCAGUUGUACUAAUCACUCUGGCAGUUCGAGACAUUCAUCACAAGGUUUGGCUGUCAGAGCAAGAGCCAGAGCCGAAGCUGCAAGAGUCAUGGCUACAUUUGCGCAAAGACAAGCAGACAUGCAAAUCGAGCAGGCACGGAUUGAAGCUGAACAAUCAAAGAAAAAAGCGGAGAUCGAAGCUGAACAAGCAAAGAAAAAAGCGGAGAUUGAAGCGGAACAGCAAUGUAGAGCAGCUGAAGUACAAGCUAACCUUGACGCGCUGAAGGUACGGACUGCUGCUGAAGCAGCAUGCGCUGAGGCUGAAGUCUUGGAAGCUUAUGAGAAUGAAGUUGGAGAGCCUUCAAGGCAAAGUAUAACAGGUUUGGCUCCCUAUUCCUCACAGCAACGCACUAGGGAAUAUGUGCAACAACAUUCUGUGGAUCAUGGUCAGCAACAACUCCGGCAUCCAAAACAAAAAGCCGUUUAUUCACCAGAGCGCCAGCAGUACAUGGACAACGGUGAUUCCGUCUUAUCGCCAAAGCGCCAGCAAUACAUGGACAACGGUGAUAUGGAAAUGGACAGUAUGGAUGUACGCAGUUGUGCAGAAAAAAGCAACUCUUUUCAUUUGUUGCACAAAUGGCAAGGGGAACGCCAGAGCAGACCCACCACCCCUGUGAAAUUCCCUCAAGAAAGAUCUUUCACCCAGCAACUUCACUACGCACGCCCCCGAGACCAGCAGCCUAGCCACCAAGGUGCAUUUAACCACAUGCCCCCACGUGAUCAAUCAAACUUAGACAAAUACCUCAUUCGCAAAGAAAUAAUUAGCACUGGUCUCCUGAUGUUUGAUGAUAGACCUGAGAACUACUGGGUAUGGAAGGCUUCCUUUAUCAAUGCCAUUGGUGGCUUGAACCUCACCUACAGCCAGGAGUCAGGUUUAAUGUCCAAGUGGCUGGGACCAAAGUCUGCAGAGUUGGCCAAACGAAUCCGUUCAGCCUACAUCCAUGACGCUAAAGAAGGACUCUCAAAGUUGUGGAAGAGGCUGGAGGAAUGCUAUGGGUCAGCUGAAAUCAUUGAAGAUGCUAUGUUGAAGAGGUUAGAGGAAUUUCCAAGGAUUGCAAAUAAGGACAACCAAAAAUUACAGGACCUAGGAGAUCUAUUGCUAGAGCUGGAAGCAGCAAGACGAGAUGGAUUUCUACCUGGACUUUCUUACCUCAACACUCCCCGGGGAGUCACUCCUAUAGCGCAAAAGCUCCCUAUAUACCUUCAGGAGAAGUGGAUCUCAUUUGGCUCGAAAUAUAAAGAAGACUUUCAAGUUCGAUAUCCUCCUUUUCACGUCUUUGUACAAUUUAUUCAAGACCAAGAAAAGAUACGAAAUGAGCCCAGCUUUGCUGAUCUUGGUGGUGGUUCAAACAGGACAGAUAAACUACAAAAAGAAAUCAAACAAUCUGUGUUUACCAGGAAAACUGAUGUGUCUAAAGCAGAUGCAGGCAAGCAAAACAAGGAGGAGAAAAGGGUUGAAGAUCCAGACAGAGUGUGUCCUUUACAUAAUAAGCCCCAUCCCCUAAGAAAAUGUUAUGGUUUCCGCAACAAGAGCUUAGAAGAGCGGAUAGCCUACCUCAAGGAGAAACACAUCUGUUUCAAGUGUUGUGCCUCAACAAGACACUUUGCCAAGGACUGUGAUAAAACUGUGCAGUGCAAAGAGUGCGACAGUAGUAGGCACCCAACUGCUUUACACCCUGGCCCAGCAGUAAGAAAACCAGAGAGCCCUGCUGUCAUUGAAGAUCAAGGCGGGGAGCGAGAAGAGAAAGAGCCUCCAGAGGUCAAGUCAAAAUGCACAGAGGUGUGCGGGAAGGCAGUUGGCGCCCGAUCAUGCUCCAAAAUAUGCUUGGUCCUUGUAUACCCUGCAAGUCAACGAGAGAAAGCUGUUAAAGCAUAUGCUGUCCUCGAUGAGCAGAGUAACAGGUCGCUGGCCAAGAGUGAGCUAUUUGACCUGUUUGGCAUUGGAGCAGGUGCCACUCCUUACACCCUUAAAACAUGUGCAGGGGUCAUGGAAACAUCAGGACGACGCGCAAAUAAUCUCAUUGUCGAGUCAAUAGAUGGCAGUGUACAGAUCCCAUUGCCAACAUUAAUUGAGUGUGAUAUGAUGCCUGAUGACCGUGCAGAGAUCCCCUCAGCAGAAAUAGCACAUCAUUAUCCGCACCUCAAGCCAGUGGUAGAUAAAAUACCAGCUAUUGAUCCUGACGCAGAUAUUGUCAUGCUUCUCGGCAGAGACAUCCUACGUGUACACAAAGUACGUAGACAGUACAAUGGACCCAACAAUGCACCGUAUGCUCAGAAAUUGGACCUCGGCUGGGUCAUUGUCGGAGACGUAUGUCUAAAGGGAGUCCACAAGCCAAGCAGCAUUAAUGUCUAUAGGACCAAUGUCCUACCUAAUGGACGGACGUCGUUCCUGAGUCCAUGUACAAGUGUUAUUCAUGUGAAAGAAAAGUUCGACAAGAACACACCAAGGUCACGUAAAGAGACAGGUCUUCAGGAAGAUGACACUGAUGAACUUGGAAGCAACAUAUUUGAGAGGACAAAGGAGGAUGAAAAAAUAGCAUGGUCUAUUGAUGACAAAGCCUUCCUUGAGAUCAUGGACAACAAUGUCUACAUGAAUGAGGCUAACACCUGGGUAGCACCCUUACCAUUCCGUUUCCCAAGACAACGUCUGCCGAACAAUAGAGAGCAAGCAGCAAAACGACUGUCAUCUCUAUGUCGCACACUGGAAAGAAAGCCAGUUAUGAAAGAACAAUACACAGAGUUCAUGCAGAAAAUCUUUGACUCAGGACAAGCAGAGCUAGCUCCACCAUUGAAGGAGAAGCAAGAGUGCUGGUACUUACCAACCUUUGGUGUCUAUCACCCCCAAAAGCUGGAUCAAAUACGCGUGGUGUUUGAUUCUAGUGCUAAGCACGAAGGCAUUUCACUCAACGACGUCCUCUUGAAAGGACCGGACCUGAAUAAUACCCUUCUUGGAGUCCUUAUUCGCUUCCGCAGAGAGCCGGUUGCAGUGUCCACCGACAUACAGCAGAUGUUUUACUGUUUCACAGUCUGGAAUGAACACCGUGACUUUCUAAGAUUUUUGUGGUUCGAAGACAACGACUUCACAAAACCAGUGACUGAAUACCGAAUGACAGUGCAUGUGUUCGGUAACAGCCCUUCGCCAGCUGUGGCCAUUUAUGGCUUGAGAAGGGCAGCUGAAGAGGGAGAGAGAGAACAUGGUACAGAUGCUAAGCAGUUCAUAAUGAGGAACUUCUAUGUAGAUGAUGGGCUUGCCUCAUUCUCCAAUGCUGAGGAAGCCAUCACCGUACUGUCAAAUGCAAGAGAGAUGUUGGCAGAGUCAAGCAUCAGGCUACAUAAGAUAGCAUCUAACAGCAACACUGUUUUGGAUGCUUUCCCCCCAGAAGACCUUGCCAAAGGCCUUAAGGAUCUAGACCUGACAUCUGAUUCACUACCACUCCAACGCAGUUUAGGCCUCAGAUGGGACCUUCAAACAGACAGUUUCUCCUUCUGUGUGUCUGACAAAGAAAAGCCAUUUACAAGAAGGGGAAUCCUUUCAGUGGUCAACAGUCUCUAUGAUCCCUUGGGGUUCGUGGCACCUGUCACAGUUCAGGGCAAGGCACUCGUGAGAGAUGUCUCCACAGAAGAGUAUGAUUGGGACACUCCGCUACCAGAAGACAAAGCAAUACAGUGGAAUGUCUGGAAAGAUUCCCUCAAGGAACUUAUGCAGCUCCAGAUCCAGAGAACCUACAUCUCUGUUUCUCUGCUCGCCACAGUAUACAGAGAGAUUUGUGUGUUCUCAGAUGCAUCAACUAUGGCUAUAUCAGCUGUAGCAUACCUCAGGGCAAUCGAUACAGAAGGACACAGCCAUGUCGGGUUUAUCAUGGGGAAAUCCAAGCUGGCUCCACGUCCUGCUCACACUGUUCCUCGUUUGGAAUUGUGUGCAGCCGUCUUGGCAGUGGAAAUUACAGAGACAAUAAUGGAUGACAUCGAUUUAGAGAUUCACAAAGUCAAGUUCUACACAGACAGCAAGAUCGUACUGGGCUACAUACAUAAUGCGUCCAGAAACUUCUAUGUCUACGUGGCAAACAGAGUGACAAGAAUAAGAAGGUCCUCUACCCCAGAGCAAUGGCACUACAUCAACACCAAACUCAAUCCUGCAGAUCACGGAUCUAGGUCUGUCUCAGCGGCUCUCCUACCAGAUACCAACUGGCUGACAGGUCCAGCUUUUCUAAGAAAUCCAGAAGUGGAUGAAGUUCCACAGCCAGAGGCAUUUAACCUUCUGCAUCCUGACACUGAUGUAGAAGUUCGCCCUCAAGUUUCAACCUAUGCUACGAAAGCCACAAGUGGACUUCCUGGCUCACACCGGUUUGAAAGAUUCUCCAGCUGGAAAUCUCUUACUCGUGCAAUAGCCAAGCUUGUCCAAUAGGCUAGAGUCUUCUGGAAAACUUCAGAUGGUAUCCAGAAAAAAGAUGAACUCAGUCAAGCAAGACUGGUCAUAUUGAAAACAACACAACAAAAUGUGUACAAAGAGGAAAUGAAAAGCCUAGAAAAGGGUGAAGAG